AUGGAAAAAAAUCGAGCUGACUUAGACCAAGUACCUAAAAUUUUUAUGCUGCCAAACUUUUCUUUGGAGAAUCCAGAUACAUUCUCUGCAGUUUUUCCUUGGACACAAGUUGAAGAAUCAAAGCCAGACAAAAGUGGCAACAGACAGUCAUGUAAACUCUUGCAAGAAAAGUUGAGCCACUAUUUAGAUACUGUUGAAGUACAAAUUGGAGAGCAGAUCUCUAUGCGGUCAGAAGCAUUCUUCCAUGCAAUGACUUCCCAUGAUGAACUGCAGGAUUACAUGCAAGUCACAUGUCGAGCAAUUAAACAACUCAGGGAUAAAAUACAUGCUCUUGAAGAGACAUUGGCUAAAGGAUCAUUAAAAAUACUAAAAUUAUAUAGAUCUAGAACCAAUUAUGCAAAACUUCAUAAUAAGUUAAAAUUGAUAUCAACUGUUCAUCAAACCCAACCUACAAUACAACUUCUAUUAUCAACUAAUGAGUUUGUUGGAGCACUUGAUCUCAUUUCUACCACACAAGAGGUUCUAGCACAAGAACUGGCAGGGAUUCAUUCUUUCAGGUAUGUGGCAGAAAUUGAUCUUAUAUUAUUUUUUUUGUUAUCUUCACUACUGUUGCAUGGACUGUUUGGUGUCGAGGGAAUAGACAUAAAAAUCACUGUUUGUUAA